AUGUCAACUCCAGCCUACGGCACGGACAGUCCUCCCGACCCUUUCGCUUCGCUACCUCAGAUCCCUGCCUUGGACAAUACGUAUGGCGCGGGCCUGAUCGGAACAUCUGUAGGCUUUAUGCUAUUCGGGUUGACGGUCCACCAGGUGUACCGCUAUUUCCGCCUUUAUCCUACGGACCCGGCGUACAUGAAGAUAUACGUCGCUGCUCUUCUGAUGGUGGAGACCUUCCACAUCAUCCUGUCGUUGCACACAUGCUACUUCUAUCUGAUCACGAAGUAUCUUCAACCGGGCGCAUUCCUUAUUCCAGUGUGGUCCAUUAACACUGUACCCUUCGCAACAGGUGUUGUCGCAGUUCUAUCCCAAGCCUUCUUCGUGCACCGAGUGUGGUUGAUCGGACCUCGCUUUCGGCCGUUCGUGGCGAUCACUAUCCUCCUCCUCUGCUUGGAACUUGCGGCCACCAUCGAGACAUACGUCCGGCCAGUGUUCACCAACUACUGGAAGGUCACGUGGGUCUUCUCUGCAUCCUUCGGCAUCGCGAUGGUCGUCGACACCAUCCUCACUGGAGUCCUCAUUACGGUGCUGCACCGUAGCCGCACUGGGAUCAAGCGAACCGACUCUAUGAUCGACUUGUUGAUCGUCUAUUCCAUCAACACAGGACUAUUGACUGGCGUAUUCAAUAUGCUAACCUUCAUAUUUGCUCUCGUGUUCCCCGACAAUAUCAUCUACGGCGCCUUCGCCGUGGUCACCGCAAAGCUCUACGCCAACUCCGUCCUAGCAGCUUUGAACACGCGCAGGUCCUUAAACAAUACAGGCGGCGGCCUGGAGCUAGACUCUUUGGGAAUCAGCUUUGCUCAGGUGGGCACGACCACCCACCGGGAGAGCACUACCGCGCAAAUGCGUACAAAUCUGCAGGUCGCGGAAAAUGGUCCUACCAUCGUCGACAUCAAAGCGGCGUCGAUGGACACCUCUCUCACCGGGGUCUGCGAUGAUAUGGAAGACACACCGGACGCGAAAGGCUCUCGGUUUGUCCUGCAGACUGUUUGA